CUAUUUCGACCGAAUCGUUGGUAGGGCGUUCGAGAGAAGGACAAGAAUUUGGAGAGCGGCCAGUUCAUAGAUGUACUAGGAAUGUAGUCGUUGCCAAGCAGACGUCUGUAAUGGUCGAUUGUGAUUAG